UUAGUGAGUGCGCAAGCGCCAUCUCCAACGAACGCCACAUCUCACUUCUUUAGGUAGUGAGCUUCUGGACGACAAACUACAAAGGCGGAUUCCAUUCGAGAAAGGCCCCGGCCGUGCCAGCGUUCAAGAUGGGGCGUCCACAAGCACCAGACGAAGGCCUCCCAGAGGUGGUCCAAAACCGGCCAACCCCAGUGCCAAACCCCCACGGUGACCAUCUCCCAGAAGUCGUGCCGGAUUCAUCACCAGAAGCGGCACAAGGGCAGCGGUACUUUAUGGAAACGGACAAGUACCCAGCGCAAUACGACACCGCACCGAAGCUCUUGCACGAGGAGCCAACGACGCCGGGGACGAGCCCCGGGCAACAGUACCAACAACCAUGGGGACCCGGGUCCGUAGGAGGCGACCAUUCGGUGAGCGCGUUGAGCCCGAAUAGCUCUGUGCCGUGGCAUUCGUUCCCCCCCGGCGCCGACGACCAACAGACAUACGUCGGCAGCGAGCCGGAAACUGAAAAGCGCAUCUGCGGUUUGCGCAAGCGCCUCUUCAUCAUCAUCGCUGUGAUCGUCGGGAUUGUGGUUGUGGUAGCGGCGGUUGGUGGAGGCGUCGGCGGCGCCAUGGCAGCAAGACAGACGGAUGAAGCCGCGCCAGCAGAGACGAGCUCAGCCGCCGAGUCGACAAGCAGCGCGGCUAGCACAACGGCCUCUGGAGAAACCGGGACUUCCACGACCUCGAGCGCGCCCUCCCCGUCAAUCACGAACCUCAAUGACCAGGUAGACCCCAGGAUCUUCGAGAAGUUUGCCUUCCAGGGCUGGGCGAAAAACAAUUACACGGGGAAUGCGACCGAGGUUUUGCUAGAGCCUGGGUUCUACGACCUUGAUAUUAAUGUCGUCAGCUACUACUGGGUCACCAACAAGACCGACUGCUGCGUCACCUUCUGCAAAGACCACGAAGAGACCGGGGGCUUCAAAUGCGACUCCGUAAGGCAGAACGCUACCCAAGACCAGACGGGGUUUUCUCGGGUCUCGCUUUGGUGUGGGAACCGGCUGAACGAAGAGUGGCAGGUGAAAUGCUCUGAGUGACAGCGAGGCGACUUGUUUGAGGAGCGGGCGUACAAACGUGGGCUUAUGGGAAUUUUCCGAAUAUUUUGCGAGUUUUGAAGAGCGCCAUGGAUGAUACCUUGAAUUUGAGUUU